AUGAGCGCCCGACUUGACGAGUCCGCCGCGGCGGCUCGAGCUCUGGUGGCUGCUGUCCUCGACCGGGUCGUCCGGGCGCUCGCCACAGACUCACCGCCCACGCCGAGUGACCUCCGCCGGGUCUUUGGGGAGGCUUCGUUCCCCACCGCGGCGAUCGACGCCGGCAUCGGCGAGUCGGCUGCCCCGCCUUCGCUCACCCAGCUGCGUCAGAUCUUUGGCGAGGCUGCCUUUCCCGCCGCCUCUGCGCCGCUCGCCGCUGCAGAUGCUCCCGCCGAGGCGGCCAGCGGCCCAGAGGCUCCGAGCUCGGCGGCGCCGCCCGACGAGUCGCGAGGAAGCGGCGCACCCAGCCCGCGAGCCGUCAAGGCGCUCGGCCUCGGCCUGGCUGCCUUUGCCGUCCCGCCGCCGUCACCGCAUAAGGCGGCGUCCAAGGCGAUGAUCGAGGCGGUGGUGUGGGGGGCGGUGUCGCGCUCGACUGACGAGAUCGACGACGAGGCGGCGAGCGGAGUCUCGAGCGGCCUCGCCGCGCCUCCGGCCCCGCAGGCGCCGUCGCCGCCCGAGCCGCGAGGGCCGCCCCGGGCGCAGUGCUACCUUGUGUACGCGCCCACUGACGGCGGGUCCCUCUUUCUGAUGUGGUCGCUCAAGCCCGUCAAAGGCGCGCUCGCGACGUGCGUGCCGGAGCUGCCUCCUGGCAAGGGGCUGCCUGGCCGGUGUGAGCUCGCGAGGGAGAUCAGCCUCGGCCGCAAGUACUACGAGGGGUGCGACGAGCUGCUCGAGGCGGUGGCGUCCCCGCGCCCCUUUCUCCACCCGGCCCCCCGCCCCUCUUGCGUACCCCGCGUAGGUGGAGGGAGUUCCUCAAGGCGGCGGCCAACGUGCACGGCCAGAUCUCGCUGCUGGCCGGCCCCGCAAAGGGCCCGGGCCAGGUGGACGUCUUCUUGCUGUCCAAGGCCUUCUCCGUCAGCCGGCUGGCGGAGGCGGCCUCGCUCUCCGGCGUGCGCAGCGCGGCGGUGGUCCCCGCGGGGGGGCAGGGCCUGCCGUGCUGCGAGAGCAUGGGCCCCGCGGAGUUCCGCGAGUCGGCUUGGAAGGCGGGCGGGCUCUCGUUUGAGUUUUGAGACGCGGGCAAGGCAACAGACACAGCGACACCGCGGGAGCGGGGGCGCCCCGCGUCGUGUGCCCGUUGGCAGAGCACUGCUUGUCACUCUAAGAGUCGUCUUGUAUGGAGAGUGCGGCAGCUGGUCUAGACUCACCAGACACCGCUUCGGACCCGGGCGAGAGCCGAGAGCGCGUUGGCGUGAGCUAGCACGGCGUCCCCGAUGACAUUGAC